UCCUAGUCUCAUCUUUCGGGCAAACUCAAAGUUUGUAAUUAGCAAAUGGCCUCAGAAAAUGAUGGUAAAUGGAGCAAAACAGCUCUUGUUGUCAUAGACAUGCAGAAAGAUUUUAUAGUAGCAGGUGGUCCUAUGCUAGUUAAAGGAGGUGAAGCUAUUGUUCCAAAUGUUAUCAAGACUGUUGAGGUUGCAAGAAACCGUGGCAUCCCCAUUAUUUGGGUUGUCCGCGAGCACGACUCAUUAGGGAGAGAUGUUGAAUUGUUUCGCAGGCAUUUGUAUGGUAAUGGGAAACCGAAACCCACAUCAAAAGGCAGUGUGGGGGCAGAAUUGGUUGAUGGGCUUGUUAUUCAGGAAGGUGACUACAAAUUGGUGAAAACCCGCUUCAGUGCAUUUUUCAACACGAACCUUCAUUCGUAUCUUCAGGGCAUUGGCAUUACCAACUUGGUCAUUAUAGGUGUUCAAACUCCAAACUGCAUACGGCAGACCGUCUUUGAUGCUGUAGCAUUGGACUAUCAACGCGUGACAGUCAUUUUAGAUGCCACAGCUGCUGCUACUCCUGAUGUACACAUUGAGUGUCUAUCGGAAACAACCUCUCCACCUUCACAAGGUAGGGCGAACAUAUUUGACAUGAAAAAUGUGGGGGUGGCAACUCCUACGUUAGAAGAAUGGUGCCAGUCUUAAGGAGCAAUAUCAGUGCUAGCUAAAUCAGGUGCACAGAUAUCUUUCGCACGUCCUUUUGUUGUUGUAAUUUGUAAGCUUAUAUGUAAUAGAAAUAAUACCUUCCGAUUCCCUGAUUGAUGCAAGGUUUAUGUAUAAAGGAGCAUUGUGGCAGAUUGCGCAUGAUUUCUAUAUUCUGGGUUGACAUAUUUUCUACCUUCA